AUGCUUGCCCUCGGCGGGCCUCCCCGCCUUUCCCCCUCCGCAUCGCCCGCGUCGGGCAAAGCCUUGUUGUCUGCCUCGAUGCUUCACGCGCCCACCGCCCUCGCCGCUGCUUCGGCCCCGCAUUCCCUUCUCACCUCGCGCCCGCGCCUCCUCUCCGCUUCCCUGUCCCUUUCGCGCUCCUCUCCCGACCCAUCCGCCCGGCCCGCCCAUGCUUUUUCAUCUCUCUCAGCUUUCUCCUUCCUCCCCGCGGCCCUCUCUCUCCCCCGCCCGGCGCUUCUUUCCUCCCCCACGUCCGCUCUCUCCGCCAACCAAUCGGUCCGCGCGUCGAGCACCGCCCCCGAUGCCCCCUCGUCGCCCGAGCUCCUCUCGCCCCUCGAGCGACUGCGCGCGCGACAGCUACUCGAGUCGCUGCGGUCGCCCAACGACGCGUCUGCGACGUCGUCGAAACCCGCGCGGAAGCCGUCUUCUCAGGGCAAGGCGGUGGAUGCGGAGGCGCGGGGAGGGGCGGAAGGCGCGGCGGGACCCGAGGCGGGGUUUCAGGAGCUGGGGCUGAGCGCGGAGCUGAUCGGCGCAGUGCGCGAGUUGGGGCUGGGCGCGCCGACGGAGAUCCAGCGCCUCGCCAUUCCCGGCGCGCUGAGCGGGCGCGACGUGGUGGUGGCGUCGCACACGGGGUCGGGAAAAACCCUCGCGUACCUGCUGCCUGUCGUGCAGAUGAUGCGAGCGGACGAGGCGGAGAGCGGGCGCAGCGAUCGGUUGAAGCGGCCGCGCGCCAUCGUGCUGUGCCCCACUCGCGAGCUCGCCGAGCAGGUGCUGCGCGUGGCCAAGUCGCUGUGCCACCACGCGCGGUUCCGUGCAGCCAUGCUGUCAGGGGGGGCGAGCAUGGCGGGGCAGCAGCAGCAGCUGCAGGCGUGGCCCGUGGACCUGCUCAUCGCCACGCCCGGCCGCCUGCUGCAACACAUGGCCGCCUCCUCGCUCUCCCUCUCCCUCGUUAAAUACCUCGUGUUGGACGAGGCGGACACCAUGUUUGACGCGGGCUUCGGGGCGGACAUCAGGCGGCUGCUCAGGCCACUCAGGAAGAGGGGCGAGGUAGCGCCAGGGGGGCCAGCGCAGAGGACCUUUCAGACCGUGCUCGUCACCGCCACCAUCACCAAGGCGGUGCAGCGGCUGCUGAACGAGGAGUUCCCGGGCAUCACCCAUCUGCACACGGCGUCGCUGCACCGCCGCCUGCCCUCCGCCACGCACCGCUUUGUGCCCGUCUCCGGCGCUGACAGCCGCCCCAACGCCCUGCUGCAGCUGGUGCAGCCGCUGGUGGCGGGGGGGCAGCGGUGCAUGGUGUUCUGCAACACGGUGCAGUCUUGCCGUGCUGUGGACCACUUCCUGUCCGAGGCCAACAUCCUCACCACCAACUACCACGGCCAAGUGCCGCCCGAACACAGGGCGGGCAACCUAGAGGCGUUCAGGAGCGGGGCGAUGGGCGGGGAGGACGACGACCUGGGCAUCGCACCCAUGCUGCCCGACCGCUUCCAUGACAGUGACUCCGACAGCGAGUGGGAUGACGACUACGAGGCAGCGGCAGCAGCAGCGCCGCGCAGCAAGCAGCGGGCGGUGCAGCCGGUGCUGGUGUGCACUGACCUGGCGGCACGAGGGCUAGACCUGGUGGUGGACCAUGUCAUCAACUUCGACUUCCCCAUCACUCCCGUGGACUAUCUGCACCGUGCAGGCCGCACCGCCCGCAUGGGGGCCAAGGGGCGUGUGACGACUCUGGUGUCGAAGCGCGACCAGCAGAUGGCAAUGCUGGUGGAGCGAGCGGUGGAGCGCGGUGAGCCGCUGGAGGGCAUCGUGCGCGGCAGGGGAGGAGGGGGGGAAGGGGACAGGGGGGAUGGGGGGGGCAGAGGGCCGCGUGGGGCCGGGGGCAUGGGCAGAGGCAUGGGGAGAGGGGGGCGAGGGGGGAGAGGAGGGAGGGACGGAAGACGGGGGGAGGUGCGGGAAGAGAGGGCAGGGGGUUGGGGAGGGUGGGGGGGAGGCAGGACAGGGAUGCAGGGGGGCCGGGGGAGGGGAGGGGUUGGGAGGAGUGGGGGGUCACGGGGGCGAUGA